AACUGUCCAGCCCUGGAGGAUAACAGAGGAGAAACACACACACACACACAACGCUCUUUUACAAGAGGUCCUGGAAAACCGAGAGAGAAAGAGAGAGAAAGAGAGAGAGAAAGAGAGAGAGAAAGAGAGAGAGAAAGAGUCGUGGAACCUUCAGGACACUCUUGGUUUCUACUGAACCGUCUCACACCAUUCAGAGGUCAAUGCUUUGCUUUGGGCUUUCUGCUUCUCUUACCUCCGUCUCUUUCGGUUUCUCUGAACACUGUUGCUUUUUAAAACCUUUAGCCUUUUCCUCGUUGUCUGUGUUCAGAAAUACAAAAGUUCACAGACAGAACUUAACACAACAACAACAAAAACUAAACAGGAGUUUGUUUAAGCUGGAAUGAAUAUAUCUGAGUCUAGUUACUGUCGCGAGGCCAGUUCUCUACCAGGCCGGGACGGAGCCAGGGGCCAUCCAUGGGUCUCUUCCCCCGGCCCAGGCUCUGAUCGUGGGCUAGGACCCUUCGACCAGACCCCCCUUUAUGGAGGAUCUGGAGACCGUGGCUCUACUGGGGGCCGCACAGAGGCCAGGAUAGUGGCCGGAGCUGAACCAGGGACAGGGGUAGGAAGCCCUGACUCGACCCACCCAGAAGCACCUUCCCUGGGCAACGUUGAGGGGAAAGCAGGGGGUGAGUCGAGGAUCCGUCGGCCAAUGAACGCUUUCAUGGUUUGGGCUAAAGACGAGAGGAAACGACUGGCCGUUCAGAACCCAGACCUCCACAAUGCUGUCCUCAGCAAGAUGCUGGGCCAGUCGUGGAAGGCUCUGACUACUCUGGACAAGCGUCCCUUCGUUGAGGAGGCCGAGAGACUCCGCCUCCAACACCUUACGGACCAUCCCAACUACAAGUACCGCCCGCGUCGCAAGAAACAGGCCAAAAAGCUCAAACGGGUAGAACCGGGUUUACUGCUCCACAGCCUAACCCAGGGAGGGACAGGGGUUCCUGGGGUAGGGGAGGUCUACGGACACCCUCUGGAUGGUUAUGGACAUCCUCAUCCUCAUUCACACCACCACCACCUUCUGCCUCCACUAGGCCACUUCAGGGACCUCCACACUGGGGACACACUGAGCUACGGCCUGCCCACACCGGAGAUGUCCCCACUGGAUUUAAUGGAGGAGGGGGGUGCGGAAGGAGGGGUGUUCUUUCCCCCUCACAUGCAGGAGGACGUGGAGCUACAUGGCACCUGGAGGAACUACCACCAACACCACCAUUAUAACAGCCAUCACCAUAACGCCCAUGGUCAUCCUCACAGCCACAGUCAGGGGCAUAAUCAGGGUCAGGGGCAUAGUCAGGGGCAUAAUCAGGGGCAUAAUCAGGGUCAGGGGCAUAGUCAGGGGCAUAAUCAGGGUCAGGGGCACAGUCAGGGGCAUAAUCAGGGGCAUAAUCAGGGUCAGGGGCACAGUCAGGGGCAUAAUCAGGGUCAGGGGCACAGUCAGGGGCAUAGUCAGGGGCAUAAUCAGGGUCAGGGCCAAAGUGGUCAUGAUCACCAUCUUAGCCAGAGCCAGAGGGGCUCCCUGCUCUGUCGUCCUCCCCAGGAAAAGUGCCUUAGCCAGGCUCCAGAGCCUACGAACUCUCCCAGUCCUUACUCUAACCCCCAGGGCUCCUCUAUAAGCCUGUCUGAGCCAGUCAAUCCCCACCAGUCCAUCAGUAGUUCCUCUGUCUCCUCUGUGUCCUCUGGUUACUAUAGUUACCUGUACAACAACGCUGGACCAGACACCCCCCAGGCCUCCCACCUGGGGCAGCUCUCUCCCCCACCCGAGUCCUCCUCUUCCUCACUGGCCCCCACCUCCAACCUUAAACCCCAGGCCCUGGACUCCGUAGACCAGACCGGAUCCAACCACUUAGGCCUGACAUCAGUUGAGUUCUGGACAGAAGUGGACCGCCAUGAGUUUGACCAGUACCUGAGUGCUAACAGGACUCGUAUGGAGGGGUACGGGAGUAACCUCGUUCCCGUUUCUAAAUCCAUGGAGGGGUAUGGUAGUGUCCCCGUGUCGAAAGCUCUGGAGGGGUAUACCAACGCACCCCUCUCUAAACCACUAGGGAGGAUCUGUGAGGAGAGCCAGAGUAGUCCUCUCAUCUCUGCUCUCGCUGAUGCGAGUAGUGCUGUCUACUACAGUACCUGUAUUACUGGGUAGACACCUUACUGACUGCUGUUAGUCUAUGGCUGUGUGCCAGUGUCUAGUAUGGUCUAGGGCAGCCUACAAGACCUGUUGGUCAAAUACAGUAUGUUAAACAUACUGUAAUACUGGAGUGGCAUUUGGUGUAGUUUGCACUAUGGAAUAGGCCACAGAAGUGCAAACGCUAAAUUAAGGCAAGUACACCUAAAAAAAAAAGAAGACAUUUUUGAAAGCAUUGGAUUAAUGUACUUGACCCAGGUCUGCAGUUGACCUUUAAGGACUUUCAGGGUAGGAUUACUACAAUGCAUUAUAGUCUACAACAGACCACAACAGACCACUGAAGACUACUGAGCUCUUCUACUUACUGUCCAGACAGGCAGAACAUUUAUAAUGAUAAACUGUUUAUUUUUUGGGUUAUUGCCAUUUUUAUACAGUAUUCCUAAUUUCAUGUUGUUUGAGUUAUUUGUGUAGAUUUUUAUUGAAUUAUUUCUAUGAAAAACUGUUUUAUUUGCACUGGGUCACAAAUAUAUGUAUAGGAAGACCAUUCAUGUUCCAAAUCUUUCUAAUGAAAUAUAUAUUUUACAAAUGAAAGACUAGGAUUGUUGUUUCAAUACAAUGUGAAUUUAUGAAGUAUGCAAUGUUAGGAGACUAUGAGUUUGUUUUCAAUAAGGUUCUAAUUUUUUUCUAUUUACAUCAAAACACUUGUUCAUAUUUUAAUUUCCAUCACCAGACAUAAAAAAAAAAGGGGAAUCUGGGAUUAGGAUAUGGAUUUUAGGACAUUUACAUGAAGGAUAUAUAGCCUUUGACCUCUUUCCUGUUGUUGUUCCCAGAAUGCCUCUUUAAGAACCGCGUUGAGCAGGUAAAAACUACUUUUGGUUAAAAAAAAAUAAUAAUCUAAGAAUAAAAAAACCAAAAACAGUUGCUCUGCACUUAAAUCAAGCAGGCAAAAAUAAAAGCAUUAUUUCAUGCAGUAUUUCAUUGUAAUUACAACAUUGCUUUUGACACAUAGAUAUUUUUUUUUUCUCCAAUGUUAUACUUCGGUUGUUGUUUCUUUAAUUGAAGAGGGCUUUUUGUAAAUGAAUAUAUUGCGUUUUAAAUAUUUUACAAAAUAAAUAAAGUCAUUUCUAAGGA